GGAUCAUCAUUUUACAUACAUCUCCUAUCGGUAUAUAUAACACGUGUCAAUCCGCGAAGCUAUGUAGACAGUCGAAGCCAUUUCCUUCGGAUACCGUUCACCAAGUCCAUAGGACAUGUAUUGCAGCAUGAAUUCCAUCCUCUGCGCAUGCGUACUGUGGAUUUGUGUGAUGGUUUCUGCUGCAGGGAAAACUAAACGAAAUAUGUACGGGGAUUGUGUUAGAGUGUGCCAUCCACAUAAUCCCACAUGGAUCAAGAAAAUGUUCCGGUAUUGCGUUACUGAAAAUGAAUGUACGUAUUGCAAGUAUUACAGCUGUCCUGAGCUUCAGCAAUGCAAGAAGAGACGGUUAAUUAUCCCUCCAGUACCGACACUAGACAGAAACUGCAUGUCUUGCCCAGGUACUUGUGUGUAUGGCGGCAAACUAUACAAGCGGACAGAUAGAUUCAAGGCAGCUGACGAUAUCAAUGAAUGUCAGUGUAAAAACUUCGGGAGGGUGCAUUGUUCCAGAAAAAAGAAACCCUCAUUGAGAAAGUAUUGUGGCAUAUAAAACUAAUUUUUACGGUGUAAUUUAUAAGGUGUAAUUGAUACGAUGUAAUUCAUACUAAUUUAUAUAUGAAUAAAAUAAGUGAGAGAAUGUGAUAUCGGGGGGAACAGGCGAUGUUUGUCUCUUUUAUUCGUUAGCCUGUUAUGCAAUUGUAAACAAACUGCAAUUGAAUGGUUCGUGGUGUUGUGCAUCUGUCGGACACAUCAGUUUUCGAUAUAUUUAUUGAAUCAUAGCUGUAUUUUAAGUUACUAUAUGUGUUGUUAAUUCACCGUCAAUCAAACAUAUAUAUUGUUAUAUUGAUCUAAUGAUAAAAACUAUUGUGAAAAAGUUCCACAAAACGAUUUCUUUACAAUGCCAGGGGCGAGCCCUAUAUUAAUAUUGUCUCGCCAUGCAUGUUUUAAUAAAACAACUACCACUGAU